ACGUUACUGUCAACUAAGUGUCAAAAAGUAAGUUAAGGCUGAGGGAGGUGUGGUUAUUUGGGUAAAUCAAAAUACGAAAUUUUCGCCACAAUGUCGGCCACGCUCAAGCCAUACCUAACAGCAGUUCGUCAUACCCUGACCGCAGCCAUGUGCCUCGACAAUUUUUCCUCCCAAGUGGUAGAAAGACACAACAAACCGGAAGUUGAGGUUAGGAGCUCCAAAGAACUUUUACUGAAUCCCGUCGUGAUUUCGAGAAACGAGAAGGAAAAGGUGCUCAUAGAGUCUUCAGUCAACUCGAUAAGGAUCAGCAUUGCUGUCAAGCAGGCAGACGAGAUCGAGAAAAUCCUCUGCAAGAAGUUCAUGCGGUUCAUGAUGAUGCGUGCGGAAAAUUUCAUAGUUCUUAGGAGGAAACCUAUUGAUGGUUACGAUAUCAGUUUCCUGAUAACGAAUUUCCACACAGAACAGAUGUACAAACAUAAGCUAGUUGACUUCGUCAUCCAUUUCAUGGAGGAGAUCGAUAAGGAGAUUUCUGAGAUGAAGUUAGCUGUGAAUGCUAGAGCUAGAAUCGUGUCCGAGGAGUUUUUGAAACGUUUCUAAUGGGUUCGUGAUGAAACCUUCGGCAGGUGCUAAUAUCUAUGAUUUGGUCAGAUGCAGUUUGUGGUAAAUGUUCAUUAUAUCGGCUCGCUUUGGUUUUGGAAAAAUACUCAUUAGACUUACGUUUUUUUGUUAGAUGAUCACCAAUUAGUCAAUACUAUGCGCUUCAUAGUACACUUCAAAAGAUAAGGCCACGCUAGAGUAGUAAAAUCUGUUUCGAACACUUUUGUUAAUGAAAAUUCAUGAAAUGACACCUUCUGUUCUCGAUUACUUGCUGCAGGCUUCUGUUCAUUUGCCUUUUCAAUUUUUUUUCCAAAAAAAACUCGUAAUUUUCUCCAAAUUGUUUCUUUUAGCAAACUACAUCAUAAUUAUGGAACUGAAUGAUACUUUCAAAAGAGCUUUUAUAAUGUUGGUUCUGUUUACAAUGUUACGAAAUCAAACGAGAAAUGAAUGCAAUGUUAAAUUUAUAUGUCCACCUGAAAGAUGGAAUACAUGUAUAUUCAUCAGUGGCAAAGCUGACUAAAAUUUUAGAAAUUUGGCAAGAUAAUUUUCAGUUUUUGACUUUUGAGUGUUGACCAUUAUAUUCAUUUUGCUAUUAAACACACUCUUUCCUCAAGGGAACGAAAAUGCUGUUUCUCGACAUGUGUUUUGCUAGGCAAGUUAGCUAUAUAAGGAGAUAACUAAAACUCUGCCGUCUCCCGAUGAUGCUUACUUGGUUAGCAAAACACGUGUCGAGAGAGUAUUUUUGUUCUUGUGAGGACAAGUAUUUUUAAUAGACUCAAAACUACAACUUCUGGCUCAGAAUGAAUCCAAGACAAGCACUUCUCUCAAUCGCCAAAACUGCAAUACUCUUCUCAAUGAACGUUUCACCAACCAAGGUGGCGUUUGCAGGUGAUGCAGUUCAUAGUUAUUCGCAAUCCACACUUUGCUAUUUCCAUACUUUUUAGUAAUCUCUGUUAGUUAAACGCAUGUCGAGAGAUUGUAUUUUUGUUCAGAUGAGUGAAACGUGUUUUCGAUGAUUGAUUUCUAGCCUGAGGUCCAAUUCUAUCUAUUUAGAUAAGUCUUAUUGAUUUUUUCUAAACUAAUGAGAGCCAUUGAAAUGGAUAUAUAUUUGCCGAGAUGAAUGGCGGAUAAUUAUCAGUCAUAAUGUUCUAGACUACCUAGUUGUAAAUAUAUUUAUCAUAUUCUGUUUGUCAGGUUCAUAGUAUUUAUUAUAGGAGGUCUGUCUUGGACUGUAUUUAGCAAAAACAGGGAGAAGGGGUAUUAUUUCUAGUGCUGCAAGGAAAUCAAUGAUUUUUUGGUGGAGAAUUAAACUGCCAUUAUGAGCUUGUUCACAUUUCUAAAGUUGAUUUAAUUUUUUUGUAAUUUUUUUCAAUAGCUCAGUCGAAAAUUUAAAUAUGAAUUGACAUUUAACACUUAAAUGUUGGUGAACCUGCUUCCCAACUCAACUGAAACUUAUCUCAACGUGACUGGUUUCAUUUGACGUUAAUUUUUAUUGUAUAAAUACACUGACCUAUUAUUUGAUGAAAAUUAAUAACAAUGUCCACAAUAAUCCAACUGAUGAAGCUACCAUGUAGCAAAAUGUGUCUCAAGAUUUAUUGUGAAAAUUUUCUAAUUGCUAUCAUGGAUAUCAGUUCAUUUUAGUUUGAUUUCUUUUACCCCGCAGACUGAAAUAGUCCCCUUUCAGUUCAUCAAGAAUAUGUUGAUACCCUUGUGAUUGAUUUACUUUUACCUUCUAUACCUCUUUUCGCCAUUAUGAAUCAUUUUUUCUUUUUACGCUUUUUACAUGUUUAAGAAAGAGUUUGUAUAUACCUAGAAUGGUUUUGUGCCAACCUUGUGUAAUCGAAUGUAAGUCAAAAUUGUAGUUCAUACAAACUUUAUUCUUUAAUCUGCAAUAUCCAGUGUAUAGGUUUUUUACAUUAUUUUUAAUAAAUGAUAUUAUAUUUCUUA